AUGUUGACGACAGUGAAAAGGAAACUAAGAAAAGUGUCACAGUCACAGUCUACUGCGGCAGUGUUCUGUAGACAAUGCUCUUUCCAUGCACUGGUGCUGAUUGUACUGCUAAUACUAAUCAUACCGAUAUCUAUAUCAAUAUAUAAUUCACCACCGAGACGAUACUUGUCGAGUAAGGCAUCGUUUGACGGCCCAGACAGCGUAGAUCCGCGCAUCAACCACACCGUCUACGACGCAGACCGUGUGCCAACGUACAACGUGUUGCUCGAUGCUCACUCACACUCAACCUACUCGGACGGCGGUCUGUCGCCCGAGCAGAACAUCAUCUGGCACAUCAAGAACGGAUUCAACGCCAUGGUGCUGACCGAUCACAACACAGCGUCGGGCGGUGUCGCUGGCCAGCGAAUCGCUCUCGAGAAGUACAGCGACAAGAUCGUGGUCAUCCCCGGAAUUGAGUGGACCAACUGUCGGUGUCACAUGGGUCUCAUCGGCCUCACAGAGGACGUCCCACUCUACAAGUUCCCAACCAACGAGCAGAUCAAAGAGAUCAUCGAUCUCACCCACUCCAAGGGCGGCUUUGCCGUCUUGAACCAUUACCCAUGGUCGACGUGGGCUAACCUCGAGCAGCCGACGCUUCAGGAGUUCCUGGAGAUGGGCAUCGACUUUAUUGAAGUUGUCAAUGGCGAUACGUUUGACUUCUCUGGCUACACAUUCGCCAGACGUAAUAACUUGCGCUACUUGGUCGGCACCGACUUCCACAUGGGAUCAGACGUGGCAUCCUGGAAUGUACUACAAGUGAAUGAUGGCGGACGAUACAAUGCCAGCGAGCCAAUCAAUGCACGCUACCUCAAUCAAUCAAUCAUAAUGGAUGCGCUCAAGAAUGCAAACAUAUCAUUCCUGUUUGAUGCAGUUGGCAGCAAGAUUGGAGUGUUGAAGGAGCUGUCGCAACAGACAUCACUCUACACAUUCCUCUCGCCAUGGAUUCAGCUUGGCUCGUUCUUCCACACGUUCUUUGAGCUCAAGAAGGGAAUGUACUCAUUCGUCGAUGGCAGCUGCACCAAAGAGGAGGUCAUCGUUCAUACGCCCGAGAUCAUUUGCUUGGCUGCAUGGAUAAUCUUCUUCUUCUUACUUGUACAACUUACAUUAUUCUUUGGCGCUACGUUGAUAAACUACCUUCGUGGACGUCGUCAUGGCAACAAAGGGGACAACGAUGGUAGUAUAGACAGCAACUCACCACUUGGCUAUGACAUGGUUGACGUCAACUCUCCGUCAAGAUCACGAGCCAAAGAUCAAUCAGAUGUUGACAUACCCUUGGAUGAUGUUCAACACAAAUAG